AUGAUACUAAGAGCAUUAAACCGACCACAAAUUAAGAAAUACAGCUUCAAUACCCAUGAUCCUCUCCGUUUUCUCUCUUUCCGCCACAUACGCACACUCAGGGUGCAAGGACAAACGCAAUACAAAAUAACACCGGCUCGCAUACCAGCCAAAAGACCCACGAUAUGGAAACCAUUUAUAUUUACUGUCACAGCUACAUCUUCAAUAUUCGCGUUGUCGAUAAUUCACUACACUGACACCAGAACAAAACUACUAAAAGAAAUCCAAUCAAUGGAUUUCACUUCACCAUUAGAUCUCAAGCGACAUGCAAUUCGCUCAUUGAAACAGUCGCUCGAUCGUCAAAUACAAAGAUUACACGAUUGGAAUGCUCCAGAAUGGCUAACAGAAAUUUACGCAUUUAUAUACACUGAAUGGUACUCUCACCCGCCAACAUUGCGAACUGUGAUGUCAUUAAUACUUGUCAACUCGGCUGUAUUUUCGCUAUGGCAAUUCCGUAGAUUACAGCCGUUCAUGAUGCGUCAUUUUACACACAAUCCGCUUUCGUCUCGAUCCUACACUCUUCUUACUAGUGCAUUUAGUCAUAAAGAUUUAUGGCAUUUUGCAGUAAAUAUGAUUGCGCUGUAUUCAUUUGGAGGUGCAGCCGCAGCGAGGAUGGGGAGUGACGAGUUUAUGGCGUUUUAUUUGUCGUCGGGAAUUUUAUCGUCCUUUGUGAGCCAUGCAGGCUCGAACAUAUUAAGACAUAGUCGGGGUAUUGUUCCAUCGUUGGGAGCAUCGGGCGCAAUAUAUGCUUGUUUGAGCGCGUGCGCGUGGUUUCACCCAAAUGCUUCGGUGUCAUUGUUGUUCCUGCCGUUCUUCGUUAUAAAAAUAGGGCAUGCUGUUCCUGCUCUAGUAUGCUUUGAUAUUGUAGGAGCAUUGGCAAAAUGGAGAGUAUUUGAUCACUUUGCACAUCUUGCAGGAGCAGCAAGUGGAAUUGUCUAUGUAUUAUACGGACACAAAUACAUUUGGCAGCACGGGAGCGAUUUAUGGUUAUCCAUACAUACACCCAGACGUUGA